UUGUUUGUGUGGCAAACGCGAGUAGUUAUCUAGUACCUUACACAUCAAAGAUACCGUGACGAUUUUAAAUUCACAGUGUGCCCGAGUGGAAGCAGCAGUGGCUUUUUAUUUUAUUUUAUUUUUUUAUUUAGUGUAAACGGCGUACAUUUAAAUUACACAGCAAACAGCAGACGUCUUGGCCGUUGGCGAAGACAGGAAAACGUGCGCUCGCGAACAGAAGUAGUGAAGUAGUUGGUCGGCUAACGUUAGCUACGUUAGCUGCUUUAGCUUCCUUGUUCCUGGUGCCGUUGCUGUUGCGGUGUUGUCGGCUCACAUUAAUCAGCUGACGAACCCACAAAUUGUACACUGAUGGAGUGCCCUCAUCUGAACUCAAACGUGAGCUGCCCCGGCGAUUCCUCCCGGUUCCCUAACGGUACUCCGUCCUCCUGGUGUUGCAACGUUUGCAGGUCCAAUAAAAGUCCAUGGGUUUGCCUUACCUGUCAGAUGGUCCACUGUGGAAGAUACGUCAAUGGACACGCAAAGAAACACUUCGAAGAGAGCCAAGUCCUCGGCGUUACUCAAAAGAAGGGUGAGAAACAGGAGAAAGAGAAAUCUCAUCACUCUGUCUGCAUGGACUGCAGCAGCUACAGCGUGUUCUGUUACAGAUGUGAUGACUUUGUUGUCAAUGACACCAAAGUCGGGCAGGUGCAGAAGGUGAGGGAACAUCUUCAGAGUUUAGAAAACUCGGCACUGAUGGGUGACAGACAGAGGAAAAGAAAGCUCCAGGAAAGCCUGGCUCCAGACAGCAAGUUGUUAAAAGACAACGAUGGGGCGGCGUUAGGUGCUACAGGCCUGCGGAACUUGGGCAACACGUGUUUCAUGAAUGCCAUUCUGCAGUCCCUCAGCAACAUCAAGCAGUUCAGCUGUUAUUUCAAGGAGUUGCCUGCCGUGGCUCUGCGCAGUGGUAAGACGGCAGGAAGAAGGAUGUACCACACCCGCAGCCAAGGGGACAGCAGUGUGUCUUUGGUGGAGGAGUUCAGGAAAACCCUUUGUUCCCUGUGGCAAGGCAGCCAGACCGCCUUUAGUCCAGACUCCUUAUUCUAUGCUAUAUGGAAAAUCAUGCCAAGUUUCAGGGGGUAUCAGCAGCAGGAUGCCCAUGAGUUCAUGCGUUACCUGUUAGACCACCUCCACAGGGAGCUCCAGUACAGUCGCAACGGGGCGUCUCACCCUGUCUCACCUCAGGAUGGGGUCAGACUCUCAACCGCAGAGGGCAAGUGCUGCAUAAAUGGGACCGCCAGUGUUGUCACAUCCAUUUUUGGUGGCAUACUUCAGAAUGAAGUCAACUGCCUGAUAUGUGGGACAGAAUCUCGGAAGUUUGAUCCAUUUCUUGAUCUGUCUUUGGACAUUCCCAGCCAGUUCAGACAAAAGAGGAGUAAGGACCAGGAUCCAGGGCCAACAUGCACCUUACGUGAUUGCUUACGUAGCUUCACUGACCUUGAAGAACUUGACGAAACAGAGCUGUACUAUUGCCACAAGUGUAAAAAGCGACAGAAAUCCACUAAGAAGUUCUGGAUCCAAAAGCUGCCAAAGGUUUUGUGUCUGCACCUAAAAAGAUUCCACUGGACGGCCUUUUUGAGAAACAAGGUGGAUACCUAUGUGGAAUUUCCACUGAAAGGUCUGGACAUGAGGGGCUACUUACUUGAGCCAGAGAAUUCAUUAUCAGAAAGCUGCCUGUAUGACCUUGUCGCUGUCGUCGUGCAUCAUGGAUCUGGGGUUGGAUCGGGGCAUUAUACAGCAUAUGGCAGCCACGAGGGCCGCUGGUACCACUUCAAUGACAGCACAGUGACUCUGACCAAUGAGGACACGGUGAGGAAGGCCAAGGCCUACAUCCUCUUCUACGUGGAGAGGACUGAACAGGUGGCCUCAGACAAGACUGCCACAAACAGCACAGCCACUAACCAGCCUGCUGUGGACACAGCGGCCACGGACAGCGUUUCUUUAGAAGUAGUAGCUCAGGACACGGCUGCCGCAGACACGGUUUUGAUGGAUGUGGCGGCCUCACACACGAAUGCCUUGGACGUGGCGGCCCCAGAUAAUGCUGCAUUGGAAAAGGAGGGUGAAGACACGGCCUAACUACGUAACGCUGACACAGCUUUAGUGGAGGCUGCAACAGAUAGGGAUACCUCAGACAAGGCUGCAACAGAGGAAGCCAGUCAAGCUAUACGAGCCGUUGCACCAUGAUUCAGUCAGACUGCCUCAGACCAGCUCUUCACUCCAUUUUGGCUUCAAUCACAUUUUUCACAGUGCUUGAUUUUAAAAUAGCUAAUUUUCACGUUUUAAUGUAUGUGCAAUUAUUUUGUUGUAUUUUCUGACCUGCAUGACAGCAAUCCUGUAUAAUUAGCUGCUUGAGUUUUGUUUAGUAUGACUUUUAUUUGCAUUUAUUUCCUUGCUGUUGUAUUCCUCGGUUUGGGUAGACUUCUCCGUAUGUAAUAGAUUCCAAAGGUGAUUGUUUAAAAUAAGGAAGUAAAGCUUGUAGUCUUGGAAAACCAAUGUUGGUCCAAUGUUUAGUCUAGCCUGAGAUCGAUUGUGUCAUGACACUGUCAUUGUAACAAUAUUUGGAGUUUCUAUUGUUUUUAAAGUUUUAAAAUUUUUGUAAUUUCCAUCACUUGAAAACCUCGUAGUUUUGUUUUCCAGUUAUUAGGGAAGAUUUUAGCAUAUAGAAUGCAAUGCAUUUAAUGACUGACAAGUGCUCGUUAGAGCUUUAGAAAGUUGUGUUAACUUCUUGACCAGAACCAAUGUGAAAGAAAUGAUCAUUCUCAAAUUGUUUUGUUUGUCUGUUUUGACGCUGGAGUAUAAUUUAACGUUUGAUGUUGAUCUGAAAUGGGCUUAUAGAAAUAGCCCCUGAUAAAAAUCUCUUUGUAUCAGGCAAAGUGAUAAAAUACAGUGGAGAAUCUUUUUUUUUU